CCGCCCGGCGCCGGGCCAUGGCGCUGCUGCGGGACGUGUCGCUGCAGGAUCCGCGGGAUCGCUUCGAGCUGCUGCAGCGCGUGGGGGCCGGGACCUAUGGCGACGUCUACAAGGCCCGCGACACCGCCACCUCCGAGCUGGCCGCGGUGAAGAUCGUCAAGCUGGACCCAGGGGACGACAUCAGCUCCCUCCAGCAGGAAAUCACCAUCCUGCGUGAAUGCCGCCACCCCAACGUGGUGGCCUACAUCGGCAGCUACCUCAGGAACGACCGCCUGUGGAUCUGCAUGGAGUUCUGCGGAGGGGGGUCCCUACAGGAGAUUUACCACGCCACUGGGCCCCUGGAGGAAAGGCAGAUUGCCUACGUCUGCCGGGAGGCACUGAAGGGGCUUCACCAUCUGCAUUCUCUAGGGAAGAUCCACCGAGACAUCAAGGGAGCUAACCUUCUCCUCACUCUCCAGGGCGAUGUCAAGCUGGCUGACUUUGGGGUAUCUGGGGAGCUGACAGCAUCUGUGGCCAAGAGGAAAUCUUUCAUUGGGACUCCAUACUGGAUGGCGCCUGAGGUGGCUGCCGUGGAACGCAAGGGUGGUUACAACGAGCUGUGUGACGUGUGGGCCCUGGGCAUCACUGCCAUUGAGCUGGGCGAGCUGCAGCCGCCACUAUUCCAUCUGCACCCCAUGAGGGCCUUGAUGCUCAUGUCAAAGAGCAGCUUCCAGCCACCCAAGCUGAGGGACAAGACGCGCUGGACCCAGAAUUUCCACCACUUCCUCAAGCUGGCACUGACCAAGAACCCCAAGAAGAGACCAACAGCUGAGAGGCUUCUGCAGCACCCUUUCACAACCCAGCAGCUCCCUCGGGCCCUCCUCACUCAGCUCCUGGACAAGGCCAGUGACCCCCACCUGGGAACCCCCUCCCCUGAAGACUGUGAGCUAGAGACUUACGACAUGUUUCCAGACACCAUUCACUCCCGGGGCCAGCCUGGUGUGGCCGAGAGGACCCCCUCCGAGAUCCAGUUUCACCAGGUGAAAUUUGGCGCUCCUCGCAGGAAGGAAACCGACCCAAUCAAUGAGCCGUGGGAGGAAGAGUGGACGCUAUUGGGAAAGGAGGAGCUGAGUGGGAGCCUGCUGCAGUCCGUCCAGGAGGCGCUUGAGGAAAGGAGCCUGACCAUCAGGCCGGCCUCGGACCUCCAGGAACUGGACUCCCCCGAUGAUGCCAUGGGCACCAUCAAACGCGCCCCUUUCUUGGGGCCCUCCCCUGCGGAGCCAGCCAAGGAGCAUCUCUCGAGCUCUCCAGGAACCCUGCCCCCACGUCCCCCAGGCCCUGGCAGCCCCUCAGUGCUGCCCACCGCCUGGGCCACCAUGAAGCAGCAGGAAGAUCCUGAGAGGUCAUCCUGCCAUGGGCUUCCCCCAACCCCCAAGGUGCACAUGGGCGCCUGCUUUUCCAAAGUCUUCAAUGGCUGUCCCCUUCGGAUCCACGCUGCCGUCACCUGGGUCCACCCUGUCACUCGAGACCAGUUCUUGGUGGUGGGAGCUGAGGAGGGCAUCUACACGCUCAACCUGCACGAGCUGCACGAGGACACCCUGGAGAAGCUGAUCUCCCACCGCUGCUCCUGGCUCUACUGCGUCAACAAUGUGCUGCUGUCACUCUCAGGGAAAUCCACACACAUCUGGGCACAUGACCUUCCGGGUCUGUUUGAGCAACGGAGACUACAGCACCAGGCGCCGCUCUCCAUCCCCACGAACCGCCUCACCCAGCGCAUCAUCCCCAGGCGCUUUGCCCUGUCCACCAAGAUUCCAGACACCAAAGGCUGCCUGCAGUGCCGUGUGGUGAGGAACCCCUACACGGGUGGCACCUUCCUGCUGGCCGCCCUGCCCGCCAGCAUGCUCCUGCUGCAGUGGUACGAGCCCCUGCAGAAGUUUCUGCUGCUGAAGAACUUCUCCAGCCCCCUGCCCAGCCCAGCUGGGAUGCUGGAGCCGCUGGUGCUAGACGGAAAGGAGCUGCCGCAGGUGUGUGUGGGUGCUGAGGGACCCGAGGGGCCUGGCUGCCGCGUCCUGUUCCACGUCCUGCCCCUGGAGGCCGGCCUGACGCCUGACAUCCUCAUUCCCCCUGAGGGGAUUCCAGGCUCUGCACAACAGGUGAUCCAGGUGGACAGGGACACAGUGCUGGUCAGCUUUGAACGCUGCGUGAGGAUCGUCAACCUGCAGGGUGAACCCACAGCCACACUGGCCCCUGAGCUGACCUUCGACUUCCCCAUAGAGACCGUGGUGUGCCUGCAGGACAGUGUGCUGGCCUUCUGGAGCCAUGGCAUGCAGGGCCGCAGCCUGGACACCAAUGAGGUGACACAAGAGAUCACGGAUGAGACGAGGAUCUUCCGAGUACUAGGGGCCCACAGAGACAUCAUACUGGAGAGCAUUCCCACAGACAACCCCGGGGCACACAGCAACCUCUACAUCCUCACCGGCCACCAGAGCAGCUACUGAGCCGUCCCUCCUGCCCCUCUGGGCAAAGCGCGGAAGAGCCUGAGCCCCCCACUCUGCUAGGGCUGGAGGGCAGAAAUAAUCCUGACCAGUGUGUGGGGGAUGUCCCUCAGGGGGAGGGCACCUCCCCCCCCCCGUUUAGCAAUAACUGGACCCCAAGGAACUGCCACCACCUCCCUAGUGUGGGGACCCCCACACUGGCACAGUGGGGGCCAUCCUGCCAAUCCAUUCCAUUUUGUUUCACAUUCCCACUUUCUGCUAAGAGCCUGCCCCUGGCUCUGUCUGGGGAACGUGUAUUUAAAAGAGAACUAUAUUGGUAUGAAA